UGGACACGCAUGACCAGUUACGUCUUGGGGCGCUGGGAGAAGGAUUUGAAGAGCAGAGGAUUGUAUGCACCUAUACGGGCCACCAUGUACGGACUUCCGGUCAGCUGCCGCCAUUUCUUAGCGUUGUUGGAGACAUACAUGCCCGACAGUAACACGUUCAUGACCAGCGGCGGAGAGUUAGGGUUGGCCUUACAUGAGAUGUAUCAGGUUUCUAGUCUUCCAAUGGGGGAUUGUCCAUAUCAGGAGUACUUUCCCUCGAACCAGCAGUUGGAGUGGUUGAAGAAGGAUACUCCCGACAUGCAUGAUACUUUUUGGGAUAUCACUUGUCAUUAUUAUACUUCCUUGAUCAAGAUUUCUCCUCCAGCGAAGAAGAAAAGGCAAAUUAGCUUGAAGCAGUUUGCUGUCUAUCUGUUCCCUAAUUUGGAGGGUGACUCCGGCGAGCCCUUUCGUGAGUUAGAUGUCCUGACCCCUACCAUCAUUAAUGAGUUGAUGAAGAAGGCUGAAGCUCAUUCUUACACCAUUGCCCGUGCUGAGGGAGCUUUUCCCGCAGGAACCAAGUUUCGUUCGUUCCUCCGCCGUGCACAGAAGUCCAUCGAGCCCCGAACUCUGCUAGCAGGCUACCUUGCCCUCUGGUUGAAGAAGUGUGUUGUUCUGUACUGGUCUUUAGACGCCUUACCUCUCGAGGUGUUCUUCCCCGCAGUUCAGCUAGCUUAUGGGAGGGAGCUUUCAUUGCUCCCAGCGAUGGUUGCCGGCAUCCAUUGCGGGCUUAGGUAUCUGGUCAGUGGUUUUACACGGCUGUUGGAGAGGAGCAGAUGGCUCGGGAAGAAAUUCGGCGACGCACAAUAAGAGUUUCAAAUUCGCAAGAGCUGGGAGUUCUUCAAGUGUUUUCCCCACUUUUCGGGUCGCUAUGGUGAUGUGCUGACUGAUGAGGAGAAACCCAGAACUAAUCGGACUGCUCUCGACGUUGGUUGUUUCCGCUGGUUAGUGAACAUCCGUGUUGGGUAUCUCGUUCUCCGGGUGAAGAAUCAUUGCCACAUAGAGCCUUACCUUCCCUGUCGUUUUGCUCGUCAGUUCGGUUACGACCAGCUAUAUGUUGGGAAUCCGAGCCGUGGUUUGAAGGUUGAGGGGGGGCUUAUUGAUGGCGUACGGGCAUGGCUAUGGACUAUGGUGGGUUGCACCGGAGCCCACUUUGCUCUUCCUUCAUAUAGGCGCAAGCCGAUGAUUACUUUCCUCAGUUGUAAGUGGUUCCUCUCCGCCAAUGAAUCCAUAGGUGUGAGGAGUCUUUCAGAGUUAGAGUCUGAGCACUCGGUCCAGGUCGCUAUGAUGGCUGUUCGUAAAGCCGAGCUUGCUCAGAAACAGAGGAAGAAGUCUGCCAAACCUCCUCUCUCAAGCAAAGACGAUGAAGAGCUCCUUCCUACUGACGAUGAUGACGAGACUUCUGAGGAGGAGUAUGUGG